AUGGCAGUUUGGUGGCUUUUGCUGGCUCUCAGCUGCCUGAGUUUUUCAGAUGGACUGCAGAAAUCCAAUAAAUACGAAGGCUUUAAAAUAUACCAGUUAUCUAGUAAAGCUCGUUCGGUGGCAUUGGAAGAAGCCCUUUCCGAAUUGGUCAAGAAUGCAUCAUACUAUGAGGUUUUCCCGGGCUUCAAAGGCGGCAAUUCAGCCAAGGUGAUGGUGCAUCCCGAUGAGCAGGUUAACUUUGUAAAGCUGAUGGAUGACAACAAUGUGGACUAUGAUAUUCUCAACCGGAAUGUUGGCCUCACUCUGAGCCGCCAAUUCGAAACGAAUCGCAUGUUGCGCCAGUGGUUUCCUUACAAUGGAAGAUUGGGAACGGAGAGAUACUAUUCGCAUGAUGAGAUCAACCAGUAUAUCGAAGAUCUUGCGGGGAAAUAUCCCACGAGGGUUUUCCUAAAAACCGUUGGCAAGAGUUACGAGGGUCGUUGGCUGAAAACCAUCACUAUAACCAAUGGAGAUGCCCGGCGAAAUAAGAAUGUAAUCUUAGUGGAUGGUGGUUUCCAUGCUCGCGAGUGGAUCUCACCUGCAGCUGCGGUUUAUCUGAUCGAUCAGUUGGUAAAUAACUCACAGGAGAAUGCCGAUCUGCUGCAGGACUUCGAUUGGGUCAUCCUUCCCGUGGUCAAUCCCGAUGGCUAUGAGUACACCCAACUUUCGGCGGAUACUCGUAUGUGGCGAAAGACCAGGAGGCCCAGCAGCAACGAUUGCAUCGGUACCGAUCCCAACCGGAACUUUGAUUUCCACUGGAAUGAGGAGGGUGCAUCGCUGGAUCCUUGUGAUAAUACCUAUGCCGGUGCGAAGGCUUUCUCAGAACCAGAGGCUCUAGUGGUGGGAGAUCUCAUCCAUAGCUAUGUGGGUCGAGGAAAGUUUUACUUGACUUUGCAUUCUUAUGGCUCCCUAAUUCUGUACCCUUGGGGCUGGACGGCAGCUGUUCCCGAUACCGUUGAAGACCUUGAUGAGGUGGCUCAGGAAGGUAAAAAUGCUAUUCUGGAGGCCACAGGAACUGUCUAUACGGCCGGACCCUCUACGACAACUAUUAAUUAUGCUGCUGCUGGGGCCAGUGACGAUUACGCCUUCAAUGCGGGCUUCCCCAUUUCGUUUACAAUGGAACUGCCCGCUGGCGGUACUGGAUUCGAUCCCCCGGCCUCGGACAUAGAUCACAUAGUUAAGGAGACCUGGGUGGGCAUUACAGCCAUGGCUCGGAGGGUCAUUAAAAAGUAUCCAUUGUAAAAGAUCUUUACUUUGAUAUUUGCUUGACCAUUAUGACUACACUCAAGUGAUAGCAAGCUGCAGUUAUCAUCCAGAUAACGUUUCGGUUGAUAAUUGCAAUAAAUACUUCAACGACUAGCAAUAAAGCUGAACUGUUUAAAGAAAUAAAUGAGCAAUGGUUUUAUCCAAAAUUUAA